AGGCAUUGAAGCAGUCGGUCCCUGACCUGGCCACGCCCCCACGUCGGCGCCGCUCGGGGUCCUUCCAUGCGCGUUGAUAUGAUUGGCCGGCGGAAAAAGGUUCCCUUUUCCUCCCUGGGUGUCUGAACGUCUACCGCCAUCAUGAAUGACACAGUAACUAUCCGGACCAGGAAGUUCAUGACCAACCGACUGCUUCAGCGGAAACAAAUGGUCAUUGAUGUUCUUCACCCUGGGAAAGCAACAGUACCUAAGACAGAAAUUCGAGAAAAAUUAGCCAAAAUGUACAAGACCACACCAGAUGUCAUCUUUGUGUUUGGAUUCAGAACCCAUUUUGGAGGUGGCAAGACAACUGGCUUUGGCAUGAUUUAUGAUUCCUUGGAUUAUGCGAAGAAAAAUGAACCCAAACAUAGACUGGCAAGACAUGGCCUGUAUGAAAAGAAGAAGACCUCAAGAAAACAGCGAAAGGAACGCAAGAACAGAAUGAAGAAAGUCAGGGGGACUGCGAAGGCCAAUGUUGGUGCUGGCAAAAAGAAGAAAUGAAGUGUCUAGCAGUGAGCUGGAGAUUGGAUAACAGCCAAAGGAGUAAAGAUUCUGCAAUGACUUUAUCUGCGGUGAUUAUGCGACUUUUUCGUGAGGAUUAAUAAACUAUAAAACCUUUU